GGAUCAGUUUCGGAACGAAUGCUGGAAAGUCUUGAGUCUGAGUGUUUUUCGAAGCGUCGCCAAUCGAAAAUUUAAGAAUAAAUCACAAAAAUGAAUUCCGUCCAGUGUCUGAUGCUGUUGUUAGUAGCCUCAACAUCCUUUGCCUUUCCCCAGUCUGAAGUAGUCCCAGCUACACAGGGCACUGCUUCUCUACAAAUAGCACAAGAAAAACUGCCCGAACAGCAAACUGCCGAUGAGCAGCCAGUCCAGGUUCCCGAAGCUGACCCGGCCAUCAUACCCGUGGAUAUAGCGCUGAUCAAUGAGCAACCAGCGAACGUCAAUGAAAAUACUGCACGCCGAAAGCGACAGUUUGGUGAAAUCGAUAUUGAUAUCGACUUGUACGGUGGGGGCGGUGGUUUUGGUGGUCCUGGGUAUUAUGGUGGAUAUCCUGGGUAUGGAUAUGGUGGCUACGGAGGUUACGUAGAUUAUGGUUAUGGUUAUGGUGGAUAUGGAUAUCCUCAUCAUCAUCACCAUCACCAUGGGCAUCACCAUGGAUGGUAUUGAAGCAAUUCAUCAGAAGUUUUAUAAAAGCGUAUGUGUGUGGUGCGAACGAUUUAGGCGAUUUCACGAAAUUGAAUAGCGGGUGCGGUUCUUCGUUGGAAAUAACAAUACCUGUUACUCGU